AUGGCUAACGUAUGUUAUGCUUUUCUUGAUGAGGAUCGUGUUAUCACUCCAGAAGACCUCCCGAGCUUUCCUGGAGCACUUGAACUGAAAGCCAGCUUAGCUCAUCUGCUUGCUCGUUGGCAUCGGCAAGGAGAUUCAAGUUUCAAGCUUUAUGAGAAAGACGAUGAGAAGCAGCGACUGCGGUCAUCCAAAGACAACCAGCUUUUAAGUUCGGCAAUUCACGGCCCGCCAAGUCCGGCUGAUGAGCCAGAGUGUGAAGGUAGUUGCUAG